AGCAGCCAGUUACUCAACCUUCAGGACUUUCUGCUUGGAUCAAUCCAGAACAGCCUUUAUCUACAAUUGAAACCCAACGACUAAUCGAACAAGAUACUCAAGAUGAAUGAGUUUUGGAGUCGUCGUACUUGUGUCAUUUUGACUGGCGCCAGCAAAGGUAUAGGACAGUGUUUAGCUGUAGAAAUUGGUAAACUUUUGAUCCCAGAGUCGACCAUUGUUCUUAUGGCUAGAGAUACAAAUGGUCUAGAAAAAACCAAAGAAAUGGUCAACAAAGAAAACAGUGACAUUUUGGUAGAGUAUUAUAGCGUGGAUUUCUUUAACUCCAACGCAACAAUGUUUGAAAAAAUUGUUGAACCUAUUGAUUCAACAAAGUAUGAAUUAUUUUUAUUGAUUCAUAACGCUGGGUCAGUAGGUAAUCUGGAUCAUCUCGCAGCUGAUAUGAAUGAUCCUGAUGAAUGGAACAAGUAUAUGUUGUUGAAUUUAUAUUCAGUAACUUGUUUAACAAGUGUAUUUUUAUCUAAGUUCAAUUCAGAUACAGCUGAAAGAUGUAUCGUCAAUAUAACUUCAUUAUUAGGUAUUGAACCAUUUAAAUCAGUUGGAUAUUAUUGUGUUGGUAAAGCUAGUAGAGAAAUGUUCUUCCGUGUAUUGGCUUUAGAAAACCCUACAUUGAACAUUCUUAGCUAUUCUCCAGGCCCUGUAUUGACGGAUAUGUAUAAAAAUAUAAGUUUGAAUUCAAAAGAUGAAGUAGUACGUGAACAAUUUACAAGUGGACAGCAAAAACAAUAUAUUGUAAAAGUUGAAGACACUUGUCAAAAAUUAGUGAACGUAUUAGCUAUGAGAAGUUAUAAAAGUGGUGGUAGAGUUGAUUAUUAUGAUAGAUAAUUUUAUUCCAUGUGAAACUUUUUAUUAACAUAUGUAUUAUUAUUUUUAAGUUAUUUUUAUUAUAAUAUGUAUCGUUUACUAUUUUUAAUUUAUUUUGGAAGAAAAGAAUUCCUCUUUUAGCUUAAUAUGAUAAUAAUUUAUGCAUAAAUAAGAUUAUAUUGUUAUACAUAGUGUAGUACACAUUAUUAAAUACCUCUAGUUCAAUUUUCCGAAAUUGUUAAA